UUUUUUUGCGCUAUCGCAUACUUUGAAAUCUCUUUUUUUCAGGCAUUGUCUACCGUUCUCACACCUUUUCUAAUUAUUAUUCAUCACUUUUUUUCUUACUUUCAAUAAAGCCACACUCUCUUUCUUUUUUAUAUAUUUUCUCAUUACGUUUGUAGUAUUUAUUAUGUUUGCAAGCAAAUUGAACUUGACGGUGGGCGCAGCAGCUUCGCUUACCAAAUCUUCAAUUCAAUUGAAAACAGCAACUCGCCGUCUCGCAGGAAUCCAACGAAUGAUCUCAACCAAACCAACUUCCGAGGGCGACCGCGACGUGCUGACGGUAAACAACCUAACCGGUCGGUCUCUGGUUCUGAACCGACCAAAGGCGCUCAACUCGCUGACUCACCCAAUGGUGCAGUCAAUCCGGCGGCACCUUCAGGAAUGGCGGCAAUCCGAUCUCUGCGACAUCGUCAUCCUGCGGUCCAACAGUGCAAAGGCGUUCUGCGCCGGCGGCGACGUCGUCGACGUAUCCAACAAGUGGACGCGCGGCGACCGCAGCGCAGCAAUGCGGUUUUUCCAAGACGAGUAUCAGACCAACCACCUGAUAGCCACGUACGAGAAGCCUCUGGUGGCUCUUCUCAACGGAUACACUAUGGGCGGCGGCGUCGGGCUCUCGAUGCAUGCGCCUUUUAGGGUGGCGACGGAGUCAACGGUGUUUGCGAUGCCGGAGACGAAGAUUGGGUUUUUCCCGGAUGUCGGAGCGACGUUCUUUUUGCCGCGCAUGGAUGGGCAAACUGGCACGUACCUGGGGCUGACCGGCCAGAGGCUUAAGGGCAGAGACCUGCUGUAUGCCGGGAUUGCCACCCAUUAUGUGCCGUCGGAGCGGCUGCCGAUGCUCGAGAAGCGCCUGCAGGAGAUCGGCACCCGCGACCACGCGGUGAUCAACCAGGCGAUCGAGGAGUUCUCUGCGCAGCCUGAGGACCUCUCAGAGAUCGAGUACUCUCUGGCGCCCCUGCGCAAUGCCAUUGACCGCUGCUUUGCGUUCAAUAACAUGGAGGCCAUCGUCGAGGCGCUCAAGCAGGAGACCGAGCAGCCCGAGUGGGCACGCCAGACCCUGGCAGUGCUCUCGGCCGUCUCGCCGUCGUCGCUGAAGCUGACUCUCGAGCAGCUGCGCACCGGCCGCCGGCUCAACAUCCAACAGGCAUUCGCCCUGGAGCUGCGGCUUGCCGAGCACCGCUUGGGCUCCGCAGAUAUGCACGAGGGCAUUGCAGCGUUGCUUGUGCGCAAAACCAAUGACCCGCAGUGGCAGCCCUCGACUCUCGAGGCUGUGGAUAUGCGCGCGCUGCACAAGGAGUACUUUGAGGGCAACAGCGGCAGUGCUGGGAAAACUGAUCAUCAGCAGCUAUCGUUCAUUAAUGCGGAUGCGGCGUUUGACCAGUACCCGCAUGCGUUUGGGCUGCCGAGCGAGAGGGAGAUUCUCGCGGUGGUCAGUGGGGAGAAUCCCCAGGCGGGCGAUUUUGGCAUGAACCGCGCGCAGGUUUUGCAGUUCUUUGAGCGCGAGAAGGCCGGGAAGAUCGGCGUUGGAAAGAAGGUCGCGUGGGUGCUGGACCGGAAGACCAGGGAGAUGCCCGACAGCUAUGUGCUGGAGUGCAUCCGUUAGAUUUCGUUAGAUUUCGGUGAUUCGGUGAUUUUUUAUUUUCUGAUUGUCACAUGAGUAAUGGCCUGAUUCUUUUUUCUGCAGUGAGGGUGCACAGGGGAGAGGGGUUUUGGGGUGUUGGACGAUUUUUCUUCUCUUCUAUUUUCUCGCGAACAGCUGACAAAUUUCCAAUGCUUUCGCCUCUCCCUUUUAUUACAGCCCCUCCGAACCCCAGCCCGACAUAAAAAGAAGA